CAAAUUUCAGCAGAUGACAAUUCCGGUUGCAAAACCAUAUCCCAGUGGAGAAGGUGUGGAAUAUCCCAGAAAUAUGUAUUUUUUCGACAAUGCAACUAACGAUGAAAUUGUGAUUUUAGAGGAGCAGCAACAUGAUCCAAGAGUCAUUCUGUUAGCUCAACUACGUAAUUGUCUAUUUGUACCUUAUCGACAAACAUUUAAAACAAACGUUCCAGAAGUAGUAUAUAACGACUUCACUGAUAGAAGUUCUCAUUGGAAAGACUAUGUAGACAAAGGAGGAUGGAAAAAUAUCAGAAAGUCACAUCAACUUAUUGCUAAAUUGGUGGCAAAUAGUAUUGCACAAGAAUAUCAUUUAUUGGCAAAAAUUGGAGAAGAACAAAAGUGCUCGUUCGGCCUCGAGAACAUUGCACUUCAUCUUCGCGAUGUCAUCAGCAUGGAAACGUUCUUCACGAGUCUUCUAUUCUAACAAACUGCACAAAAAAGAGAACAAUUUAUUCAAUUGUUAUUUUCAUAGUGUAAUAAACAAUCAAAUGCAAAAACGGAAUCGGCUGUAAAUAACCCGUCAAUAAAUCAGUGACUACCUAA